AUGCGCCCGCUUGUCUUGGCCCCCUCACUCACAGCCCCCGUGGCGGCUCUUCCCUCCUCUCACAAAGGCCCAUCUGACAGCAGCUCCAGCCUCCCCCGGAAUCAGGUGCCUGAAUGGGCAGCCUACUACAUCAAUUACAAGGGCCUCAAGAAACUCAUCAAAGGCGCCGCCGAACGGGCCAAGUCCGGCCAGGAGGUUGAUCUUGCAGGAUUCUUUUAUGAACUGGACCGCAACCUGGAAGAUGUCGACUUUUUCUACAACAAGAAAUUCGGCGAUGCCGUUCGCCGUCUGAAUCUGCUCCACGACAGAUAUGGCCGGGUUCCCGAUGUCGUGUCUACUCUCGAUGAGGAUGAGAUCAGCGAACUCAUGGGCGCCCUGAUUGACCUUCGCACGCAGCUCAGGAACCUCGUCUGGUUUGGUGAGAUUAACCGCAGAGGCUUCGUUAAGAUCACCAAGAAGCUCGACAAGAAGGUCCCGGAGACAAGCACCCAGCACCGCUAUCUCUCUACCAAGGUCGACGUUCUCCCCUUCGCCAAAGACGGCCACGCCAUGCGGCUCCUGGGCGAGAUCAACAAAUGGCUCUCUGUUCUCUCAGAGGCUCAGACCCUGUCCCUUGAUGAUUCCAGGUCUGACCGCUCGACUCGGUCGUUGGGUCGAGCCUCUGCGAAAGCCAUGCUUACGCUGCCCCAAGCCCUCCUCGACAACCUCGAUCACGCCAUUCGGAGCGACAACGUCGAAGUGCUGCAGAGAACCCUUGAGGAAGGCAAGGUGGCGGCUGACUCCUCGUCCCAGAGCCUCAUGCUCAACCUCCUGCAGCGCUCAGUCUCGGCGCGGUCAAGGACUAGCAUCGCAUACCUGCUGAAGCAGGUGCGCACUCUGCAGGAGCCUGAUGACAUCAACGGCCGCACCUGCAUCCACCGGCUGGUCAUUCACAUCGGUCGUGCCAAGGUGCCGUCACCCUCACAGGAGCCCACGGCAUAUCCGUUCCCUGUCGGUACGCAUUUUACCUCUCAGUACAUACAGCCAGCUGUCUCGCCUUCGAGCCUUACCAGGGUCCUAAACGAGAAUGAAACCAAACUUCUGCACAAGGACGACGAGGCCGUGCAGCUCCUCAUUUUCCUCCUUGACCACUUAUCGCCAGAGCAGCAGGCAGGGCUCAUUUUGAAGGACUCUUUCGGUCGUCUUCCGCUGCACUAUGCGGCGCAGUAUGGCUUUGUUGUUGUGUGCCAAAUCAUCAUGGCCAAGAUGCAAGAAUGGGGGCAGUUCAAUGUCGAGGAUGGCAUAGAUGCAGAGAAGUGGCAGGAUAAGGAAGGCUACGCCCCGUUGCACCUCAGCGUCAUUGGCGGUCACCCUCUCACAACGAAAGCUCUCCUGCAAGGCGAAGACUGGCAGGGCGUCCACGAGAACAAGACAGAAAUGAGGAAGAAGAUCGCAAAGUCUGGCGCGGUAUUAGCCCUCGCCACCAAGUUCAACUACAAAGUCAUCGUCGAGAUGCUCGUGGAGGCUGGUGUCGACAUCAACUGGCGCGACAAGACUGGCGAGACGGCGCUCCAUCUCGCUGCACGCUUCGGCCACGAUGACUGCGCAAAAGUCCUCCUCAAGGGGACCAGCGAGCAGAAGGCCGACACGGAGAUCAUGGAGAGCACGUACAGCUGGACGCCACUCCAUGUUGCUGCUGUUGAUGGUCAUCUAGCCAUGGUCCAGCUGUUGAUCGAUGCUGGCGCGAAAAUCACCAAGCCCGAUUCAUCCGGCUGGACUGCCAAAGAGCAUGCUGCGCUGAGAGGACACCUGGACAUUGCUAGGCUGCUCGCGACCAGCGCUCCGGAGAAUCUCGAUGCCCCGAGUCCUUCUUUGAAGCCCAUUAGCGAAAGUCCGAAUGGCGGGAGUCGGCCGUCUUCCCCUGAGCUGUCCUCCAUUGAUGGACGCAAGUCCAACGGCGCGGCUCGCCCCGCUGAACCUGUGAAGACAUUCGGGCAUCGCUACUUGACCAAUGAGAGUUUGGUCUUGCUUGAGCGCGUGCCACUUAACGAGGCUCACCUGACACAACUGGAUACGGCUCUAUCUAUUGUGGUCUCAGCAAGCGGCGCGACUGGUGAGCCGACCAUCAUUGAUUUGCCUGUGCAUGAGAACAUCAGCACCGAGCCCAUUGUGUUCAUGGCAGGCGACAUCACCAAGGUCAAGCUCAUGUUCGACAUUGUUCCCACGUACUCGGGCAAUGAGAAAAACAAAAUUGGACGAGCCGUGGCCCUCCUGUCCUCUAUCAAACCGACGAUUGGCCUCAAGAGGAUGAACCUGCAAGGCGAUGUCUGCGUGCCCAUCAUGGGAGCCAAUCUGGAGGUCAUUGGCACGGUCAACUUUAACUUCCUCGUGGUAACGCCCUUCUCUCAUCCCAACAUGGAGAUCAACUCUCACCAAACCUAUUGGAAGAAACUGACAUCGACAAUGGUGAUCGGCCAUCGAGGACUUGGCAAGAACCUGACGUCCAACAAGUCCCUUCAGCUAGGCGAGAACACAGUCCCUUCGUUCAUUGCGGCUGCUAAUCUUGGAGCAAACUAUGUUGAGUUUGACGUACAACUGACCAAGGACCACGUCCCUGUCAUCUACCAUGACUUCCUCGUCAGUGAAACGGGCAUUGACGCACCAGUCCAUACCCUGACGCUUGAGCAAUUUCUCCACAUCAACCCCGACGCCAAGCGCCACAAUGUCCAUGAGCUGGUUCAUGAGUCGAUUCAGAAGAUGCGGGUUCACGGCAAUGGACCUGGGCCGCGGCAACGGUCACAAUCUAUGGGCUUUGUGGGCGAGCAAAACACGGUUCUGGAUGAGCGCAUGAAGCACACCCGUGACUUCAAGGAGAAGGGAUACAAAGCCAAUUCGCGUGCUCAACUCCUUCUGCGACACGGUCCUGUCAAAGGUCUACGACCUCGCGGAAAACAGGCAGAUCAUUUUCAGCUCUUUCAACCCGGACAUUUGCCUCUGUCUCAGCUUUAA